AUGAUAGCCACUGCCAUUUCCGCUGCCUCCUCCAAGGGCAAAGGAGUCAUGAUGGGCAUCCUUCUACUUCGCAACGGCAUAGUCGUUCCCAUUGAGUACAACUGGGACCCUGCAAACCCUCCCCUCUGGUCCCUUCGUCCCAAGGACCGCGAUUCUAUUGCCACUGACAAGUCUUCAUCUCUCCAAAUUCGUGGUACUGGCGCCAAAACUUCUGGAAUUACUCCGCUGAUCUACAACUGGGACCCUCAGGACCCUCCUCUCUGGACCAUCCGUCCUAAGGAUCGCAACGACUUCCUCGCUAGCACCAUGAGCAGUGAUCAGAUCGAAACUCUGAACAGCGACGGUGGUUCCGUUCCCUGUGCGAACAAGAACAAGCCCGCAACGCUCUACCAUGUCUACGGACCUGACGAUUGCCCUCCCAAAUACCAGUUCCUGCCUUUCGCCGAGGGAAAUGGCCAGCUUGACACCUGCGAGGGGUGGAACAAAGGCUGGUACACCGACAACGGCUGCACCACGUUCUGCGAGACUAGCACUAGAUUCGAGUGGGCUCAGGAGGUACCUUUUUCUCAUUCCGAGUGCCACUACCCGAUCAAGUGCGGAAUGACUAAAACCGAAUCGGUCUCCUCAGGCUGGAAUGUUGGCGUGAGCGCGAAGAUACAGUUUUGGAAGGCACUGAAGAUUGGUGUAACUGGUGGUUGGCAUCACAGUUGGGGUACCGCCAGAGCCAAGAAGUGGGAUGUCGAUCUGAAAGAGGGCCAGUGCGGCUACUUCACCUUUGUUCCUGUCAAGAAGGUUGUCUGUGGUGGCAUUACCGAGCCGUCCUGGCAGCCGAACUUCGAUUGGGACGGCUGCAAUUAUUCGCCACCAAAAAACUCCGAGUACUGCGACAACCAGCUUUGGACAAUCAAGGAUAGCAAAAAUUCUAAAGAAGAGGUUCCAGACGGUACCAUUAUCUUCGUCUAUACCGACUGCCUCACCCGAUUACCUCUGCCCAUGAGCGAGCAAGACCCCGUCUACCGAGCCCCGGGCGUUGCCCUAAGCCAUGACGUCCUCGACAGUAUCCAACAGGGCUGGGUCUGGAACACUUGCUAUAUGUGGAGAAUGGGUGUCGAAGGCUACCUGGGGCUCUACAUCCACGGCUCUGGCUUCAAGGACUCCAUGAUCGGUCCGGAGGGAACCCACCUCAGAGAGAGAAUCAAUCAUUGUGUCAGAGCCGCCGAGGGGGUAAUUAGGGACGUUAAAUUCGAGUGGUACGAGAACGGCUAUCCUGGCGAUGACGCCAAGGUAAUGGGUGCCGCGUGGCUCUUCAUGGCGGACGUUCCUGAAAAUAUCAGACCCGGCUGCAUCGGCGAUGCUAUCAUGGAACUCGGCGGAACUACCAUGCAUAACUGUGUCGGGGACAAGUUUUGGCAUUAG